AGUGCGCCAGUGCUUGAUGGCGCGCUUGACGGUUUUCCUGAUCGGUUUGCUUUUUUCUCCGUUGUCAUCCGCUGAGGACGAGGAUUACUAUCGCUUGCUCGAUGUGCCGCGUAACGCUAACCUGACUGACAUUAAACGGGCCUACAGGAAGCUGGCUCUCAUUCAUCACCCCGACAGUAAUCCUAAUGAUCCAUCCGCGCAACAGCGUUUUCAAAAGCUGGGAGAAGCUUACGAGGUUUUACGUGAUCCGGAAAAGCGAGCAACAUAUGACAAAUAUGGAAUCAAGGGCUUAAAGCAGCAAGAGGCUGGUCAACAUCCCCAUGAUUCAUUCGCCAGCUUUUUUGGUUUCGGUUUUGAUUUCGGUGGUGGUAGGAGCUCGAGCGAUGCACCCCGCGGCGACGAUAUUGUUUUGGACCUCUGGGCGACACUAGAAGAGUUGUAUGUCGGAGAAUUCGUGGAGAUCAAACGCGUAAAAUUAGAGACCAAAACUGCAAGGGGAACACGAAAAUGUCGCUGUCGAAGAGAAAUGCGCACAACAGUGCUUGGGCCUGGACAAUUUCAGAUGCAUCAGGUUGAUGUAUGUGACGAAUGCCCAAACGUGUCGUUACAUCGUGUGGAACGCCAUCUAGAAUUAGAAGUAGAACGGGGGAUGCGUGAUGGCCAUUUGUACCCGUUUGCUUUAGAAGGAGAGCCCCAUCUGGAUGGAGAGUCUGGUGAUCUAAAGUUCCGGAUUAGACAACAGAAACACAAAUACUUCCAACGGCGUGGAGAUGAUUUAUACACAAAUAUCACUCUGAGCCUGGUUCAAUCGAUGGUGGGCUACCACAUCGUCUUACUCCACUUGGACGGCCACGAAGUGAGUUUGCUUCCAUUGGCAACGCUUCCGUUUGCUUGUCUUUUGAUCCAACACAAGUUACCGCAUGCGGUGUCCGUUAGCAUUUACCUUCUAGUUCCUGUUCCAUCAUGUAUCCUCUACCUGAUCUUGCCACCACUCUUCUUUCAUCUUCUUGCAGUUCUCUUAAAAGUACCCUCUGCUUGACUCUAUUGUUCAUUGUUUUUCUCUACAUUUCAUCACAAUCUCAUCUUCGAUUUUUGCUUAGUGCAUCUGAUGCCUGUACUUUCUCACGAUUUGGGCUCGUCACUCCACUUGUCGAAUGUAACACUGCUCCAUUAACUGCAUGUAUCAUUACUUCUUUACUGCUAAGGUCGUAUUGAAAAGCGAUCGGGUUACCGCGCCCGGCACUAUCAUCCACAUACCCGAAGAGGGGAUGCCUAACUACGAUAAUCCGAAGAACCGCGGCGCGCUGCAUGUCACAUUUGAUGUUGCUUACCCACAUAACCGUCGACUUACUGACGACGAACGUGCCAAAAUCGCCAGCAUUUUUCCAGAUCUAUCUGGUGCGAGCAAAGAAUCUCUAAAGAAACCUCUACCUGCUCAGGUAUACAAUGGUCUAGAUGUGCUCCCUCACGCAACUGCUCCCAAGCAGACAACAUAGCCCGCUGUGAUUAAGGAUUCCGGUUGUACUUUCAUUUAUUGCCUCAUCUCCUUUCUGGGAACGCUACUUUUAAGAAGACUAAUUGGUCUGUUUUAAAUCUUGUAUGCUUGUUAACCCUAUUGUACAGUUGCACUUAUGCUGUAUUCUUGUUUUUGUCUUUUGUGAAAUAAACUUCGAAGGC